CCACGACUACCACUCCUGCUUGCUUCUUCUUCUUCUUCCUGGGCGGAUGGAUACUAUGAAUGAUGACUCUGAUGAUUGCUGAUAUCGUUGAAUAAUUUGGUACAGAUGAUGACCAUGUGUUACCUGCAGAAAUCAAUCCGAAAACUGUCUCUGGUCACCCCUUUGCUCCUUGACUGUAGCAGUGCAGACCCCUUUAUUUUCUCCUGUUGGUCUGGUAUCCUCGAUAGCUCCGUAGCUCCUUGCAUCAACUCGGAGCCCACUGUAGCUCUCGGACCACAUAAUGUAUCUCGUUACUUGGGUGUUGUUUAGGAGCUGGUACGUGUGUACAGAGAUAGUCUCGGACAGAGUGAGCCACUUGUUCCCACC